AUGGUUAAUAUCUUCUUUGUCGGUGCCACUGGCCACAUUGGCGGUGCCGUGCUUGAUCAGCUGCUCCAGAAGCAUGCCGACGCGAAGGUAAAGGCCUUGGUGCGGGAUGAGGGCAAGGCUGCGCGUCUGGCCGCCAAGUAUCCGCAGGUUGAAUGUGUCGUUGGUGACACGGGCAAUCUCGAGGUUCUUGAGAACUGCAGCAAGGCAGCCGACAUUGUCAUCAACACAUCUCCUGAUAUCACACACGACGCAGGGAUCAAAGCCAUUCUCACUGGUCUGAAGGCCCGAGACGGUGUCAAGCCGUACUACAUCCACACAUCGGGGGCGUCUCUCAUCUGGGACGAGCCCACCGGCUCCAAGGACGCCCGCUGGUGGGACGAUAUCGCCGAUAUUGGAGACAUCUGCGCGUUCAAGGGCGAGGCUCACACGCACGCCGUGACCGAUAAGAUCGUACGAGAUGCGGCUCCGAAUGUCAACGUCGCCAUCGUCUCGCCGGGAUUUGUCGGCGGCAUGAGCCCCUCUAUUGAGCACUCGACACCGAUCACGAUGCCCGCCAUCUUCCUUACCGCUCGUGCUUUCAAGUCGGGCUGGCAUAUCGCCGAGGGAGAAAACACCCAUGCCUGGAUCGACGUCUCUGACCUCGCAAGAAUGUACCUGGUCCUCGUCGGAAAGGCCAUCGACGGUGCCUCGGAGUCUGAACCAUUCGAUAUCUGGGGACCGGACGCCUACUACUUUGGAACUAGCGAGGAUAUCUCAUUCGGAAAGUUCAUGAAGCAUCUCGUACCUGUCCUUAAGGAGAACAAUGUCAUUGAGACCACGGACAUCAAGUCGGUCAGCGUGAUCGAGGCAGCGAGAGCCAGCAUCGCUGGGAGCGACUACGACCCUGAUGCUCCGCCGCCGCCGCCGGACACCUGGGCCAUGCACAUUGCCAUCAUGUACGGAAUCAACAUGCGUGUUCGUGCGUCAAGGAUGGAGAAGCUUGGCUGGAAGGCAGAGAAGGGUUCCAUUGUCGACACCUUUCCCCAGGUGGUUGCUGAGUACCUGAAGCGGGAGAAGUUGGACAACAAGGAAUAG